AUGACUGCUCCAGUGAGCCCUCACCUUAUUCUGGUUACCGGAGCUGCCGGCUACGUUGGUUCACACUGCUUAGUUGAGCUGCUCACAAGCGGCUAUGAUGUGGUGGCGCUGGACAACUGCAUCAACGCAGUAGAGGGCCAUUUGCCUGACACUUUGCCGGAGAGUCUGCAGCGAGUGCAGAGCAUCACCGGUCGAAGCUUGCUAGCCUACUACAAAGCAGAUCUCAACAAUGCCACCGAACUGGAGGACAUCUUCAGCAAGCACCGCUUCUCAGCUGUGGUCCACUUUGCGUCCCUCAAAGCAGUGGGUGAAUCGUGCAAGAUUCCCCUGGAAUACUAUCGCAACAAUGUGGGCGGAACCAUGACACUGCUGGACACCAUGCGAGCUCAUUCAGUUCGCCGACUGAUCUUCUCUUCGUCGGCCACUGUCUACGGCACUCCAGAGUUCCUGCCCAUCACCGAGGAGCACCACACUGGACGCAACUGCACCAAUCCAUAUGGUCGCACCAAGUACUUCAUUGAGGAGAUUCUCAAAGAUCUCUGCGCCUCGGAGACAGGCUGGAGCAUUACCUCGUUGCGGUACUUUAAUCCAGUCGGUGCUCAUCCUUCAGGAAUCAUUGGUGAAGACUGCAAAGUUCCCAACAACUUGAUGCCGUACAUUACCCAGGUGGCAGUUGGAAGACAGCCUUUCCUGAAGGUGCUUGGAAAGGACUUUAAAACCAAAGACGGCACUGGCGUACGAGACUACAUUCACAUCAUGGACUUGGCAGCAGGGCAUGUAAUCACACUGGACAAGAUACUGCAGGAAGGAUGGACAGGCUGGAACGUCUACAACCUCGGUGCUGGAACCGGAUAUUCGGUUCUCGAAAUGAUUUCUACAUUUGAGGAGGCAACUGGAGUGCCGAUUCCAUAUAAAAUCUGCGAUCGUCGCUGCGGAGAUGUCGACGAGCUGUGGGCUGAUAUAAGCAAAGCCAGUUCAGCCCUCAACUGGAAGCCAACUCGAAGUCUGGCGGACAUGUGCGCUCAUAGCUGGAACUGGCAGUCAAAGAACCCUAUGGGCUACCGAAGUGCUGCUGAAGGAGACGGAUCUGCAAAUGGAGUGCGACAAUCUCCAGUUAAAGUUCCUGAUGCUGCUGUUGCUUCAGGUGUGAAAGCACUCAAUGGAAAAUCAAAAAGUUUUGACCGUGAAGUGAACAACAACGACGAAGAUGUGACUGUCUUCUAG